AUGUCUACGUAUAGAACGAUUUCCAUGACCGAUAUUUCCAAUUUCAAUAACACGCUGCUGCAGGAACCAGACCUCAAGUUUUCCAUAAAAGGGUUUGAGUUGGAUAGAAAAUCUGCUACAUGCACACCCAAAGGGUUUGAAUAUGCUCUUUUCCUGAACCCAUUGAAAGAAGAAUACUUACCAUCUGAAGGUUCCGUCGUAGAUGAUGAAAAGGACGCAGAAGAUGACAUAAUAGUAUACGGAAACAAUGAAAUCUUGGACUUUGACUCAGCAGCAUAUGAAACCAGCGCUGUACCGAAGAGGGAACAGCGAGCACUGUACUCAGCCAAAGUCCCUCUUUCCAUAGAGGAAAUGAAAUCUAGAGCACCAGACUUAUUCAGUAAGAACAUUUCAUUAGAUGACUACUUUUCCGUGGAGCAGCACUUUGCAUUCAAUAUAAAGCAUUGUUAUCAGAGUAUAUGCCCAGAAGAGAAGUACUCGGAGGACUUAUUUAUGAAACCAGUAUCCAUUACACAAUUUUCGAACAGUAGAAAUGAAUUUUCAAAGAAACUCGACGAGAUUGUUAAAUCAUUCCAUAGCUUGGAGGAGUCAUGCACUAAAUUAAACAACACUAUACAAGAGCAGUACGAUGAAAUCAAAUCUUCAUUGAAAUGGGAGAUUUUCAGCAACUCCACUGCAAACAAGAAUUUUGAAAACGGUAGAUCUAUGUUUGAAGCGUUAUUACUAUUCAAGCAAACAUUUCAAGAAUUCAUCCAUGAGAGUGAUUUGUGGAUGGAAAUCGACGAAAACGUCAACCAACUCAAUGAUUUAAUUAUAGAAUGGAAUGAGAUGGAUGUAGACGACGAGUUGGAUAUGGAAGAAGUAGAAGAAAGAAGAGGACAAGAAGAUCAAGUGGCGCAGGUUAGCCACGUUGAUAUGAUAAAUAUGAUUGAAAGUUCCUUAAAGCCAGACUCCUCGUUUAUCAGGCAAGGUUGUUGCAAUUUUGAUUCAAUUCUUACUGAAGUCAAAAUCUUAUACGAAGAGUUUUUAAACCAUUUCAAAUCCAAACAAAGUGAAGAUGGUACCUUCGAGUAUGAGAUUUGUCUGUUUGACGAUCAUAUAAAGGAGAAAAUAAGACAACACAGCUGUUGA